UUCUGUGCCAUCGUACCGUACCCCAUAAAAAAAUUUGUCAAAAACGUCAAAGUUUUAGGUUAAUUUUCUGACCCACUAGGAAAAUUAAUUUUUUUGAAUGUUAAUUCAAAACGAAAAUUCAAAGUAAUUUUUGAUAAUUUUCUUAUGAAAUGUCUGACGAAGAAGAAAAUGUAGAAGACAAACCCUUUGCUGCUGAAAUAGCAAAACAGGGUAGAGCAGUGUGUAAAAUAUGUAAACAGAAAUGUCUUCAAGGAGAAUUGAGGAUAGCAAAGUUGGUUCACAACCCAUUCGGAUCAGGAAAAAUGAAAGCUUGGCAUCAUCUAAAUUGCCUUUUUGAAGCCUUUCUUAAACAGCGACAAACUACAAAGCGAAUAGAGGAGCCUGAAGAUAUUGAUGGUUGGGACAAACUUUGUGAAGAUGACCAGAAUAUUAUUAUCGAUAAAAUUAAAGAAUGUGACAAGGCAUUCCAAAAUAAAUUUGGUACCAAACCUAACAAAUCACCUACUAAAAAAAAAUCACCCCAAGUGACCCAACAAAGUCCUAAACAAAAAAAAAAUUUGGACAAGGUCGAUAAAAAAAAUGAAUCACCUGGCACAACUGACUCUGCCAAUAGUUCACCUACAGAGAAAACUUCAAAAGAUCAACUUUUCAAGCAGUUCAGACGUUUGGUAGCUGAUAUUACCAAUACCAGUAGUUAUAUAGACAAAACAAAUUGUGUAAAAAAAAUAUUUACAGAAGGAUCUGAUGGAUCUGGCUUCAAAGACAACAUUGUUCUUUGGUGUCGAUUACUACUUCCAGGUGUUGUCAAAAGGGUAUAUAAUCUCCAAAGCAAGCAGCUAAUAAAAUUGUUCAGUAAAAUAUUCGUUCAGGAUCAAAAUGAAAUGUUAGAACAUCUAGAACAGGGUGAUAUUGGUGAAACAAUCCAGAACUACUUCGAAGAUAGUCACAAAACUAAACCUGCAAAGAAAAGUUUAUUGAAAGUUAAAGAAGUAGACAAUUUCCUUAACAAACUCUCCAAGUUGACCAAAGAAGAUGAUCAAAUGGAACAUUUUAGGUCAUUUGUACCAAAAUGUACUUCUAAUGACCUGAAAACCGUUAUACGUUUAAUUAAAGGUGAUUUACGAAUGGGAGCUGGGGCCAAACACAUCCUCGAUGGAGUACACACGGAUGCUUAUGAGGCCUAUCAAACAUCCAGAGAUUUAGAGACUGUUAUAACAAAAUGUUUAGGUGAACAAGCGAGUCAAAAAAAAAAGAAGAAUGUUGGAGUUACGGUGAUGACCCCAGUGCUGCCUAUGUUGGCAGAGGCUUGUAAGUCUGUGGAGCAAGCAAUGAAGAAGUGCCCUAACGGAAUGUACUCAGAAAUUAAGUAUGAUGGGGAACGAGUUCAAGUACACAAGCAAGGCUCAGAAUUCAAAUAUUAUUCCAGGGCACUGAAGCCUGUAAUGCCUCACAAAAUUCAACAUUUCAAAGAUUACAUUCCCAAAGCUUUUCCACAUGCAAAAGAUCUCAUUUUGGACAGUGAAAUACUGAUGAUGGAUACAGAAACUGGAAAGCCUCUGCCUUUCGGCACCCUAGGCGUGCAUAAAAAAGCAGAGUUCAAAAAUGCUAGUGUCUGUUUAUUUGUGUUUGAUUGCAUUUACUACAAUGGAGAAAGCCUGAUUCAAAAACCAAUCAAACAAAGGAGAAAGAUACUGCAGGAAAAUAUGAAAGAAAUACCAAACCAUAUUGUUUUUUCCGAAAUGGAGGAGAUUCAUAAACCUGAGGAUCUUUCGAGAAUGAUAGCUAAAGUCCUGAAACUAGGAUUGGAAGGUUUAGUUUUGAAAGAUAUCCAAAGCAUUUAUGAACCUGGUAAAAGGCACUGGUUGAAAGUGAAAAAGGAUUAUCUUUUCGGUGGUGCAAUGGCAGAUAGUGCAGAUUUGAUGGUCCUCGGAGCUUGGUAUGGUACUGGCAAAAAAGGAGGGAUGAUGUCCGUUUUUCUUAUGGGCUGUUUCAAUCCUGAAAGCGGAAAAUUUUGUACUGUAACUAAAGUGCACACUGGUCAUGACGAUAAAACACUGGAAAAACUGCAGGAUGAACUUGACAUGGUGAAAAUCAGUCAAGACAGUUCCAAAGUUCCGAAUUGGUUGAGCUGUACAAAAACCAUGAUUCCCGAUUUUGUUGCACGGGAUCCCAAGAAACAGCCAGUUUGGGAGAUAACAGGAGCAGAAUUUACUCAGCAUGAUGUACAUACUGCAGAUGGAAUUUCUAUCAGAUUUCCGAGGGUGACAAGGAUAAGAGAUGAUAAAAACUGGGAAACGGCUACAAAUCUUCCUCAAUUACAAAAGCUUUUUAAGACAUCUAAAGAACAAACCGAUGUUAGCUUACUAAUGAAGGGAAUCGAUAAUGCUGAGAGGAAUGACAAAGAAGAAAAUUUACAAAAGUGCGAGAGUCCGCCAAAAAAGAGAAAAAAAGAAAAACAAGUUAAUUUUGAUGAUGGUGAUGAUGAGUCACCUUCAACAUCAAAGAAGAAGAAGAAGAAAACUAACGAUUCUGAUAGACUCAACUCAAUAGUAGAUGAAAAACAGAAUGAUAACAUUGAAUUUAGUAACAAACCUAAAAAAAGGUCACCGAAAGCAAGUGAAAAAAUGAAGAAAGAAAGUAGCAUUGAUAUUGCAAACCCUAUUCCAGAUUACUUCACAGGUAUCAAAGCACUGUUGGAGGAUAAUCUUAAGAGAGACGAAUACUCGGAUGUGGCAAGGUAUAUCACUACCUAUGGUGGUAUAGUACUUUCGGAGGAUCAAUGGAAGGAAGCCUCCCAUGUGAUACAUUACCACAACAUCAUUCGAGAACCAGAUAUAAAAUGUCCCUACAGUGCAAAACAUUUAGCCUAUGAAUGGGUGAAGGAUUCUGUUGCACAGGGAACUUUAUGUGACUACAGAUUGUAUACAGUGCAGUGGGAUCCUGAAGCUUGAGAGCAAGAUGGCGAUUUUUUAUUGAGAUGCCUUGAAUAAGUGUCUUAUAAUCCUGUUAGGUUUUAUUAUCAAUUUUUUAAAACAUAAUCUAUUUCUCUUUUUUUAAACUAGAAGAAAAUUGAGAAGAAGGUUAUUGGCACUUUGCUGAGCAUUGUGAAAUUUUGUUAUAUUUUUUAUAUCUUAUGUUGAAAGAAUGUCUUAUUUUUUGUCAUUUUUGCCUCUUUUAAUGAACAUUGGAAAAUACUCACAUCAUAAAUUUAAAUCAUUUGAAAUGCUAAUUUCUCGAGAAUAAGACAUUCUUUUCACAAUGCCUCAUCCAUAUUUCAUUUUAUAUAAAUCAUGAUCAUUAUCUUCAUAAUCAUUUUAAAAUUGAUGUACAUUUUAGGUAAUUGUUACAUUUCAAAAUAUGAGUUUUUUCAAUUUAUAAAAAGGAAUGAACUCAUAAGGUAAUUUUACAACCAAAGUACUUUUAUAACCUUUAUACCAUUGUUUAUUUUUAUUUAUUUUUCAUAGGUUUUUCAUAGGGUUUUC